AUGGAGCUGUUUCUGAUAAUCACGAACUUGUACAAGCUGGGCACUGGCAAGGAAAUGAAGAAAUGGGCCUACGAGAUCACCUCUACCUUCCUGGUGCAGAAUGCGCCCCUUGGUAUCGAGAACAUCGACGAGACCAUCCUGAAGGAAAUUGACAAGGUUCUGCAGACAAGCCAGGAACAGCAGGGCCAGGAAGAAGAGGAACUAAAGGACAUCUUCCUCAAGGCACGUGAGAAGGCCAUGGAGCAGCUCAAGCGCCUACUUGUCGACUUCCGAAACACCCGCACCAUCGGGCUGUCUGGGCUGUACAUGCCGAAUGACGUUACCCUGGACGACUCACUACGGGACAAGAACGCUGAGCUCCACAUAGUUGAAUCCCUGCUGCUCACUGAACUGGAGACGUUAGGGAAGGAGGACCCCGAGAAUCUGUCAGACUACAAGUCCGCACUAGCCUCUGCCUUGGCCACAGUGCUGAAGAGCUUUGGCGUCAAGACGCCCAAUGCAGUGACCCUCAUCGAGCGGUUUCCCACCUUUGUAGCCCGUGAAAAGUCGCGCCUGAAGUUCUUUCCUCGCAACAAAAAGUUUGCAUUUCAGACGAUAAACACCCGAGGCCACCACUUCCAGUCACAGCAGUACCACUGCGUCACCUACUGCAACCACUGCCAGCACAUCAUCUGGGGAGUUGGUGACCAGGGCUACCAGUGCACCAACUGCGAGAUGAAUAUCCACAAGACGUGCGUGCGGGUGGUGGAGGAGCAGUGCAUCGGGUCACUGCGGCACAAGAAGGCCAAGAAGAACCAUCGCAUGUCUGGUCUGAACCUCAUGGAGGGCAUCAAGACCAAAGCACGCCGCCCAAAUGCCCGCCGGGGCACCCAGCACUCCGUGGAGGACUGGACCGGCUCCCUUGACCCGGCCGUGCUACCUCUGGACCCAGAUCGGAGUCGUCCAGAAACCGGGGAUGAGUGCGAAGCUGCUGUGGCGGGUGGUGCUGCAGAGCUGCUCGACAGGGG